UGUGGAAAUGACGUGUCUCCGCACGUUCUGGCGAGCCCAUAAAGGAUGGACUGUCCUCUCACUGUCACACUGAAUGAGAGGGUGCAAGACAACAGAAGCCGAAAGGGACAGUGGGAGCAGUGAAGACCAGGGAGACGCACGGAGGGUAGAGAGAUAACCGUCUCGGUUUUUGGGGAGGAAGAUAACUAAACCGUGACAUCAUAUUUACCGGAGGCGCGAAGUGGAGGAUAAAACCAGGCGAGCGCGCUCUCUCUCUUACUGUGGGAACGGAGCCACUCAAGGGACACGCAAAUGUGAGCGACGCGCACGGGGGAAACUCAGGGACCGACUCAGGUGCAGAGAAACCAAACUGGCGGCGCACUUAGGAUGCAGAAGUCACCAGUGGAAGAUGCAAACUUCCUCUCCAAAUUUUUCUUCUGUUGGACAACACCGCUGCUGAGGAAGGGCUUCAGAAAGAAGUUAGAGCUGACAGACGUUUAUAAGGCUCCUUCCUAUGAUCAGGCAGACAACCUCUCUGAGAGACUUGAACGAGAAUGGGACAGAGAGGUGGUGUCAGCCAAGAACAAGCCCAGGCUGAUGAGAGCACUGGCCCGAUGCUUCAUCGGCCCUUUCACCUUCUUUGGUGUCCUCCUCUACCUCGGGGAGGCCUCCAAGACGGUGCAGCCUCAGCUUCUGGGUCGCAUCAUCGCCUCCUUCGACCCAAUCCACGCUCCAGAACGGGAGCAGGGAUACUUCCUGGCCCUGGGCCUCUGCCUACUCUUCACCGCCCGCUUCCUCCUGCUGCAACCUGCCAUCUUUGGCUUGCAUCAUCUGGGCAUGCAGAUCCGCAUUGCCCUUUUCAGUCUCAUAUAUAAGAAGACCCUGAAGCUGUCUAGCCGAGUCUUGGAUAAGAUCAGCACUGGUCAACUAGUCAGUCUGAUGUCCGCCCACCUCAACAAGUUAGAUGAGAGCUUGGGUCUGGCCCACUUUGUAUGGAUCACCCCCCUGCAGUGUAUACUGUGUGUGGGUCUGAUCUGGGAGCUGAUCGAGGUGAAUGGCUUUUGCGCACUGGCAGCACUGACUCUGCUGGGCAUCAUCCAGGCCUGGCUCUCCCAGAAGAUGGGGCCGCACCGGGUGGAGCGAGGAGUGAUGAUCAGCCGCCGCCUGGCUCUCACCUCAGAGAUUGUGGAGAACAUCCACUCUGUGAAGGCGUACGGUUGGGAGGAGGUGAUGGAGACCAUCAUCAAGAACAUCAGACAGGACGAGAUGACGCUAACGAGGAAGAUUGGUUCUCUGCGUUACUUCUACAGCGCCUCGUACUUCUUCUCCGCCAUCUUGGUCAUCGUGUCUGCCAUCGUGCCGCACGCACUCAGUAAAGGCAUCAUCCUGCGCCGUAUCUUCACCACGGCUUCCUACUGCAUGGUGCUGAGAAUGACGCUGACCCGCCAGCUGCCAGGGUCCAUCCAGAUGUGGUACGACACGCUGGCACUGGUCAAGAAGAUCGAGGAAUUCUUGAUGAAGGAAGAAUACAGAGUGCUGGAAUACAACCUGACCACCACUGAGCUGGAGCUGGUCAACGUGUCUGCAUCCUGGGACGAGGGCAUUGGUGAGCUGUUUGAGAAGAUCAAACAGGAGAACAAAGCAAACGGACACCUGAACGGUGACGCCGGCCUCUUCUUCACUAAGCUCUACGUAACACCUGUUCUCAAAAACAUCAGCCUGUACCUGGAGAAGGGCAAGAUGCUGGCGGUGGCUGGAUCCACUGGCUCAGGGAAGAGUUCCCUGCUCAUGAUGAUCCUGGGAGAGUUGGUGCCAUCGGAGGGUAAAGUCAGACACAGCGGUCGCAUCUCCUACUCACCACAGACUUCCUGGAUCAUUCCUGGGACGAUUCGAGACAACAUCCUGUUUGGCCUGACAUAUGACGAGUACCGCUACACCUCCGUCAUCAAAGCCUGUCAGCUGGAAGAGGACUUUGCCUUGCUGCCUGAGAAAGACAAGACACACCUCGUCGAAGGAGGGGUGACCCUGAGCGGCGGUCAAAGGGCUCGCCUCGGCCUGGCCAGGGCUGUGUAUAAAGAUGCAGACCUCUACCUGCUGGAUGCACCUUUCACCCACCUGGACAUCGUGACAGAGAAAGAGAUCUUUGAGAAAUGUGUCUGUAAACUGAUGGCAUCCAAGAUACGCAUUGUGGUCACCAGCAAGUUGGAGCAUCUCAAAAGAGCAGACAAAAUCCUUCUGCUGCACAACGGCGACUGCUACUUCUACGGCACCUUCUCAGAGCUGCAGGACAAGCGGCCUGACUUCAGCUCCCUCCUCCUCGGCAUGGAAGCUUACGACAACAUCAACGCCGAGCGCCGCAGCUCCAUCCUCACAGAAACUCUUCGCAGGGUCUCCAUUGAUGAAACCGCUGGCUUCCGAGGCCCAGAGACCAUUCGGCAGUCGUUCCGCCAGCCACCUCCUCCGCUGAUCGUCUCCGGAUCCCAAGGUCAUCCGGGAGGUGAUGGCUACCCAGAAAAACGCAAACAGUCCCUCAUUCUAAACCCUCUGGCAGCUGCUCGCAAGUUCUCCUUCAUCGGGAACUCCCAGCAGUCAAAUACUCCCCAGUCCACGACGAUAGAGGACGGGGUUCGUGAACUCUCUGAGAGGAAAUUCUCUGUAGUACCCGAGGAUGAUCAAGUGGAGGAGGUGCUCCCCAGAGGGAACUUGUACCAUAAUGGGUUGCAGCACCUUAACGGGCAGCGGCGCCAGUCUGUCCUGGCGUUCAUCACCAACGCUCAGGGCCAUGCGCGCAGAGAGCAGAUGCAGAUGCAAUCCUCCCUCAGAAAAAAGCUGUCCAUCACGCCGCAGUGUGACCUGGUGUCCGAGCUGGACAUAUACGCCCGCCGCCUCUCCAAAGACAGCGUUUAUGACAUUAGUGAGGAUGUGGAUGAAGAAGACAUGGAGCAAUGCUUCGCAGAUGAACGUGAGAACAUCUUUGAAACUACCUCAUGGAGUACGUGCCUACGCUACAUCACCACCAACCGGAGCUUAGUCUACGUCCUUAUUUUUAUUGUCUUGGUCUUUGUCAUUGAGGUUGCUGGUUCAGCCAUUGGCAUUUUCUUCCUUACUGAAAAGAUCUGGAAGGACAGCACCACCCCUCAAUCUCCAAACUCCAUCGACGAGGAGCAUCACAACGCCUCGUCGCCCGCAUUCCACAGGGGAAUCAUUGUCACACCGACAAGCGCUUACUACAUCAUCUACAUCUAUGUGGCCACAUCGGAGAGCGUGCUGGCCUUGGGAUUCUUUAGGGGCCUCCCGUUGGUGCACACAUUACUCACUGUGUCCAAAAGACUGCAUGAACAGAUGCUUAGUGCUGUUCUACGAGCCCCCAUGGCUGUGCUCAACACCAUGAAGACAGGCCGGAUAAUGAACAGAUUCACCAAGGACAUGGCCACCAUAGAUGACAUGCUGCCUCUGGUGCUGUUUGACCUCAUACAGCUCACCUUGAUUGUUACGGGUGCCAUCUUUACUGUGUCCAUUAUACGGCCUUACAUCUUCAUCGCUGCCAUCCCAUUGGCUGUCAUCUUUGUUAUACUCAGAAAGUACUUCCUACGAACUGGACAACAACUCAAGCAACUGGAGGCUGAAGCUCGCAGCCCUAUCUUUUCUCACCUCAUCAUCUCGCUGAAGGGCUUAUGGACAAUUCGAGCGUUUGGACGUCAGAGCUACUUCGAGACGCUCUUCCACAAGGCGCUCAACACUCACACGGCCACCUGGUUCCACUACUUGUCCACACUGCGAUGGUUCCUCUUUCGCUGCGAUAUGAUCUUCGUCUUGUUCUUCAGCGCCGCCGCCUUCAUCGCCGUAGGAACCAACCAGGACAAACCAGGGGAGGUUGGCAUCAUCGUGGCCCUGGCCAUGCUCAUACUGGGGACUUUCCAAUGGGCUGUCAUCACCAGCAUCACUGUAGACGGACUGAUGCGUUCAGUGGAUCGGGUGUUCAAGUUCAUCGACCUGCCGUCAGAGGAGCCGCUGGCAGCCAAAUCUAGUGGUGGAUCUAGUGGAGGCCCCGACCUGGUCAUUGACAACCCUCAUGCCCAGGACUGCUGGCCCAAUUGUGGCCAGAUGGAUGUCAAGGGCCUCACUGUCAAAUACACGGAGGCUGGACGGGCCGUCCUCAGCGACAUCUCCUUCUCUGUGGAGGGAGGGCAGAGCAUGGGUCUGCUGGGUCGAACAGGAUCAGGGAAGAGCACCCUACUCUCGGCUCUGCUGCGUCUCGCCUCCACUGAUGGAGAAAUCUCCGUUGACGGCGUCUCCUGGAGCUCCGUCUCCCUGCAAACAUGGAGGAAGGCCUUUGGGGUGGUGCCGCAGAAAGUCUUUAUUCUGACCGGCACGUUCCGGAUGAACUUGGACCCACACGGACGUUACAGCGACGAGGAUCUGUGGAGGGUCGCAGAGGAGGUGGGUUUGAAGUCGGUGAUCGAGCAGUUUCCAGAGAAGCUGGACUUUCAGCUGGAGGACGGAGGCAACGUGUUGAGUAACGGACACAAACAGCUGCUGUGUCUCGCCCGCUCCAUCCUCAGCAAGGCUCGCAUCCUGCUGCUGGACGAACCCUCCGCCUACCUCGACCCCAUAACGUUACAGGUCCUGAGGAAGACACUGAAACACUCAUUCUCUAACUGCACGGUCAUCUUAUCAGAACACAGAGUAGAGCCGCUGCUGGAGUGUCAAUCAUUCCUGAUGAUCGAGGGCAGCUCCAUGAAAAGCUACGACUCCAUCCAGAAGUUGCUGAAUGAGACGAGUUACCUGAAGCAGGCCAUGAGCCCUGCCGACCGCCUCCACCUCUUCCCGACUCUUCACCGGCUCAACUCCAGCAAGAGGGUGGCGCCGCAGACCGCCAAGAUCUCGUCCCUGCCAGAGGAAGCUGAGGACGAAGUCCACGACACUCGCCUCUAACCGGCCAGGCACACAAACACACACACACUCCCCUAACUCCAACGGACAAAGCAAAGAUUUGGAUAUUGAUGAUUUUGGGCCAAAUGUGAACAUGUUUGAGCCAUUAUUUCGCCAAAUGACCAGUGAAACAGCAUCUCAAUCACUAUGGGACACUAAAACUAAAUAUUCUAUUCAAUAGUAGGAGAAUUCACUAAAAUUAAAAAAGUAUAUA